AUGGGUUAAAACACCUUUGAAGCCCAAUUGUAGAAAAUAUCCGAAACUCUUAACACCAUAUUCACAAUUCUCCUGCAUCCUAUAAUAAUUCACUAUAAUCUCAGUUUUUUCCUUCUCUUUUCCCUGUCAAAUAAUGAUAAUAAUUAGUCAUAUAUUCAUAGUCCCCUCAAAAAACCCAUUAAAAGAUAAUUAAAAAUAAAUAAAUUCUUUGCUCCAUGCUCAGGUCUCUCUCUCUUGAUUACGCGUAGCUGAUAUUUCUGGGUUUUGUGUUCUGCUCUUUAUUGGAUUGGACUGGGUUGCUUAUUCGAUCUUUAAACUUGUGCUUGUUCUUCAGGAUCUAAUAGACGACUACUACUCUUUGUAUGAGGAUUCUUUAAUUUGUUAAACAUACAAUAAAGCGAUGGCUAAUGCAAAUACAUCAGGACCUAUGGUGCCUGCUGAUUCAUCUGAACAGAGGGGAAUACUGAGUUCAGCAGAAUCAAGCAUGCACACAGUUCAACCUCCUUCAAACCAGCAAAAUCGAAGCUCUUUAGAUGGUCCUGUUGCAAUCCUUUGGGACAUUGAGAAUUGCCCUGUUCCCAGUGAUGUCCGCCCUGAAGAUGUAGGUGGCAAUAUCAGAAUGGCUUUACGUGUACAUCCUGUAAUUAAAGGUGCUGUUAUGAUGUUUUCUGCAUAUGGGGAUUUUAAUUCCUUCCCUAGGCGACUUAGAGAGGGCUGCCAGAGAACUGGGGUUAAACUCAUCGAUGUUCCAAAUGGCAGAAAGGAUGCUGCUGAUAAAGCUAUUUUAGUGGACAUGUUUCUUUUUGCCCUUGACAAUCCACCACCUUCUUCCAUCAUGCUUAUAUCUGGGGAUGUCGAUUUUGCUCCAGCUCUCCACAUACUUGGUCAACGUGGAUAUACUGUGAUCCUCGUUAUUCCUUCUGGAGUAGGUGUCUCAUCUGCUUUGAGCAAUGCUGGGAAGUUCGUUUGGGACUGGCCUAGUGUAGCUCGUGGAGAAGGCUUUGUACCCCCCUCGAAGGCUUUAAUGCCUCCUUAUGCAGGACCAGCUGAUAUUGCUGGUUAUCUCAUGGGGUGCCACAUAAAUGACAGUGCUGAUGGCCAAAAUGAAGAAGAGGCAAUAGUAUACAGAGGAAUCUCUCAGAACUAUUGCAACUCAAGAGAUUUCUCUGUAGUGUCGCAGUCCUUGUCCGAAUACUAUAGUUCUUCGGUAACUAUGCCUUAUUUCCCCACGAGUAUGAGAUCACAGUCUCUUCCAUCUGGUUUGAAUGAAGCUUCAGCAGGCCCCGUAUUCUAUGAUGACCAAUAUCAUUCUACUAUGUGGGUACAACCUGGGAACAUAAAUGGUCUGAAGGUACAAUUGGUGAAGCUACUUGAACUUUCAGGAGGAUGUUUACCUCUUACCCGUGUUCCUGCUGAGUACCAGAAGCUCUAUGGACGGCCUCUUUAUGUAUCAGAAUAUGGGGCUUUCAAGCUGGUGAACCUUUUCAAGAAAAUGAAUGAUGCAUUGGCAAUAGAUGGCAAGGGCCAAAAGAAGUUUGUUUAUCUUCGAAACUGGAAGGCAAGCCCAACUGCACCUCCUUUAGUUUUACAAAGGAAGGAUAAGAAAGGAAAGUGUUCUCAGGAGGAGAGUUUAGAUGUUAUGGCAGGUGCUGGCUCGUCAGAUGAGUUCUCAGAUGAAGAAAGGGUGGUAGUGGAGGAACAUGAGGAGAGGAAGAACCAAGAUAAGGCUAGCACAGAGACAACAGCCUGUUGUGAAGUUGACCAAAAUCUUGAACAAUUCAAGUAUGAAUUGCAGGAAAUUCUAGUGAGCUAUUCUUGUCGGAUUUUCCUUGGUUGUUUCGAGGCUAUAUAUCAGCAACGCUACAAGAAACCCCUAGACUGUCAAAGAUUUGGUGUUGAUCAGCUGGAAGAGCUUUUUAGUAAAGUGAGUGAUGUUGUUGUCUUAAAUGAAGAACCAAUAAGCAAGAGGAAAUUCCUGGCUGCAGUUGGUGGCUAGCAAGAGUACGGAGCCAUUUGUCUUGGAAUUUCUUUCACUUUCUUACUGCAGACUCUCUCUCAUACGUCUUUUUACAAAAUUUUCCACCCUUUGUUUCAUAAAUGGUGGGAGAGGCUGGAUCACAUUUGUUGUUUUUUAUAAAAUAUGUGUCCUGCAUGGAUUUGAAUGUUGUUUUUGAAAUUUCCAUGUAUGCCUCUGUGCCUCGUCAUUGUAACUAAUCAAACUACUAAUGUUUAGUUUCUAGCACUACAUUCAUUUAGCAUUUUCGCUUUGAUACCUGCAGUGUCAUUCUCUCGAAUGUACUCUUGCUCCAUCUGUCUGUUUCGAGUAUUAGGGAAUCAUUAUGGUGGAAUAUUAAUCUUGUAUCAUAGUUAUUUGAAGAGAAGAGAUGGCAUAUUUCCA